UUUUCUGUAGAUCACCCAAUCAAACACAAGCUUUAGACUCAAACUUCUGCAGUGUGUGUUCGAGGAAGUAAAAGUUCAUGUGACCGCUGCUGUUUUUGCUUCCUUCAUCCGGGUAUCUCACACACACACACACACACACACACACACACACACACACACACACACUUUCGGAAGGAAACAUUUCAUCAAAGUGUCUCCUUGACAAUGCAAACCUCAGCCUCUGAUUUAUUCAAACGUUAUUUGAUAAGUGAAUUGAUACUUGGAGGUUCCAGAUGGGUUCCAGAUGUGCAGACUGGAUGUCUCAACUUCCUCUUGAGCUUAUCGAUGUUCCUCUGUGUGAUCUUGCGAUACCCGGUAGUCACGAUACCAUGACCUACUGUCUGGACCAGCACAGCCCAGUCCUGCUUUCAGAACCACGGAUACUGACCUUACUGGACCAGAUGGUACCCUGUAUCAUCCGGCCAUGUAUAAAGAAGUGGGCAACCACUCAGGAGAUGUCAGUUUCCAGUCAGCUGGAGUCAGGAAUCCGAUUUCUCGACCUUCGGAUCGCUCACAAGAAAAAAGAUUCAAACUGGACUUUUUAUUUUGCGCAUGGAUUAUACUCUCUACUUAGUGUGAAGGAGGUGCUCAGUGAUGUUAUGGACUGGUUAGAGCGUCACGCUAACGAAGUCGUGAUCAUUGCUCUGUCUGCUUUCGAUGAUAUGAACCCUGUACAGCACAGCGACCUCAUUGAUUUUUUGAUACAACUCUUUGGCAAUAAACUCUGUCCGAAAUCAGAAAUGCCUUCUCUGAGAACAUGCUGGACUCAUGGUUAUCAGGUGAUUCUUUCCUACGCUGAUCCAUCUGGGACUGAGCACAAGGAACUUUGGCCACAGUGGGAUUACUGGUGGGCCAAUGAGUCAGACCCGAACCUAGUCAUUUCCUAUCUGGAGCAAAAGAAGACGAUAGGAAGACCAGACGGUUUCUUCAUGGCUGGUCUAAACCUCACUGAGGACACCAGGUACGUCCUCACUCAUCUCACACAGUCUAUGAAGAGCAUGACGCUCCACGCUUACACUGUGCUAAUGGACUGGGUCAGAAAGCAGCACCCCGGCUCCCGGAAAACAUGCCUCAAUAUCAUCUGCGCAGACUUUGUCGGGAUUUCAAGAAACGAGUUCUGUGAGGUUGUUAUCGGACUCAAUACCGAUCGCAGAAUAGUGAAAGAUGGAGAGGGAGAGAACAACAGUGUUUUCACAUAAAUAUUUUGUCCUUUAGGGUUUAGUGCUUUCUGAAAAUACCGGUUCGGGUUUACAGCUUAGUGUUUAUAUACGUGGUUGACGUUGUUAAGCCAAAAAAUAAUAAUGAUCUGGACAUUUUAAUAGAUCUCUUAUAAAAGAUGUCUGAAUAUUUCAAUUCAAUGCAGUGAGGGUCAAAUGGUAUGACCUGGAGGUGAAAUGUAAAUCACUUUUCCAUCUGAAUAUAUUUGACAGGUUUGGAUGGUUUUAUGAUAUAAUUCACUCAAGGAACGUGCCAGUUUAAGGAAAUAAAACCUGUGUUGAGGUAAAUCUCUUUUGUAAUAAAAUCAUAAAUUCAGA